ACUAGUCCGUAAUUUCAGGGGAGAGAACUCCAGGCAUUCCGUAUGAUUACGGUACGUGAAAGAUACGAGAAAAAGCGUCUACAUCCUGGAGAUAAUAAACAACUGUUGUCGUUUUUUAAUGGUUAACUUAAAAGAUAUGUUGAUUUGUUUGAGAUAACUGAAUGAUUUGUUUGAGAUAAUAAUGGGUCAGUAUGCCAGUGUGUUUAUUGUUCCAGCUGGAAAAGCAAUAAAUAAAGUUACCAAUCCUAGCAAGCCUAACUGGAUUACUGCACAUGCCAUUGCUUCUGAGUUAAGUAUUGCAGAGGUGGAGAGAUUGUGGAUACGGUUUCAGCAACUAGGCUGUAAUAAAGAUGGUGAGUUGACAGACGAAGCCAUCAGAAAGUCAGAAUAUAACCAGGAUGUGUUCAUGAGAAAUAUUCUCAGAAAAUAUAUGGAUGGGACUACAAAGAAAAUUACUUUUGAAAACUUUUUACGGGCAUUGAAGUGGUGUGAGCAGGCAACUUUGGAUGAGAAAAUAAGAGCUAUCUUUCACAUGUUAAACAAUGGAAAUCCUGUAAAUCCAGACCUAAUGGUGAAGAUUCUGGAAAGAGUGUAUCCAAGUGAUAAAGGGGAGCCUAUUCAGAGGAUUGUUGAAUUGUUUUUUCAAAUUAUGGACAGAGAUGGAAAUGGUCAGAUAGAAGAGGAUGGUUUUCAUGCAGGGGUUAAACGUAUACCACCAGCAAUACUUGAACAGACUCUGGGCUUCAAUAUACUGCCAGAUGAGAUGAAAGAAAGAUUACACAAAAACUUACAAGAGUUCCGAUCAGAAAGUCAACAGGGUCGUGGUACUGGGCGUGGUACAGUUCCACCACAGGCAAGAUUGACACCAAGGCGUGCUCAACAAGUACCCCCUGAUAUGGCUCUUAGGGAAGUUUCAGAUAAGAUAUGGAAGAAAGACUGGGUCAGAGUUGGAAAUAAACUAGGAUUUUUCUCACAGGAUAUAGAUGAAAUACAGAGAGCAUAUCCAAACAACCCACAGCAUCAGGUAUAUCAGAUGUUAAAACAAUGGCGAGAACGUGACGGGGAUGAGGCACAAGCAGAAGUUCUAGAGAAGGCCUUGAUAGAGUGUGGAAUGACAGAUGCCGCAAUAAUUAUGACUAGCUAUUGAUAUAAACAGUCAAUAGGUUACUUAUCAAUAGCUGGUUAAAGUAAUAGCUGGUCAAUAACUCGUCAUUAGCUCUUCUGUAGACAGUGUGGACAGUGGACCAUGUCACAAUGAUGAAAAUACAUGUACACUUCACUCACUGAGCUCCGUCA